CCCCUCAGUCACUCUCUUCUGUUUCAGCAGCUGUCUGCACUUCGACAAUGGCACAGAAACAUAUAUUGUGGAUCUUUACCCUAACUGCUUCACUCAAUCUCUCAGUGAGUCAUGGUCCUCUUGAAGGAGUGAGCGACUAUGAGGUGGUCCGACCCAUCAGGCUACAUUCUCUGCAGAAAAGAGAAACACAAUCAUCCAGACUGGAAACUAUGAAGUAUGCAAUGAGAGUGGGUGGGAAAGACAUUGAGAUGCAUCUGGAGAAGAAUGGUGAAUUACUCACCAACAACUAUAGUGAGACUUACUACACUGAGGAUGGUACACCAGUCACCUCUACGCCUCAGGAUGUGGACCACUGCUACUACCACGGCACUAUUGUGAAUGACAGUGAGUCAACGGUUAGCAUGAGCACCUGCGAUGGACUCAGGGGAUAUUUCAGAACAGCCGCCCAAAGGUACCUGAUUGAGCCUCUGUCAGGGGGGGAUGAUGGCGAUCACGCAGUGCUGAAAUACGAGGACCAGAGCUCCAAGCCUGUGGUGUGUGGAGUCACCAACACUAGCUGGAAUGCAGACUACCCUCCCAUAACUAGCAAGAGCCGCUCUCGAGCCUCAGGUCCAUCUCUACUUCAACAGCAAAAGUAUGUUGAGCUCAUCCUCGUUGCAGACAACCGUGAGUACAAGAACAUGAAGAGUAACCUCAGAGAGCUGCGUAAGAGGAUAUUUGAAGUGGUCAACUUUGUCAACAUGGUAUACAAGCCCCUCAACACCUUCAUUGCCUUGGUUGGUCUGGAGGUGUGGACAGACAAUGAUAAGAUAUCAGUGACCGCCCCUGCUGGUGCCACCCUGGACGCCUUUACCAAGUGGAGGAACAGCGACCUGGUCAACACCAAGCGUCAUGACAACGCACACCUCAUCAGUGGCAUUGACUUUGAGGGAUCGACGGUGGGUCUGGCCUUCAUUGGGACUCUAUGUUCAGAUCAUUCAGUUGGGAUUGUGCAGGAUCACAACCCCAGGGCCAUUGCUGUAGGGGCCACAUUGGCCCACGAGAUGGGCCACAACCUGGGCAUGAACCACGAUGACUCCAGUGCCUGUGCUUGUUCUGGGAAUAGUUGUAUAAUGGCUGGGGCCCUCAGCUGGGAUAUCCCAAAGUCAUUCAGUAGCUGCAGUAGUGUAAACUACGACCGGUUUCUGAAUAAUCGUAACCCUGAGUGUCUGCUGGACAAGCCAGACUACCGGAAUGUGGAAUCAACCCCAGUGUGUGGCAAUGGCUUCCUGGAGAUAGGAGAGCAGUGUGAUUGUGGCUCCCUGGAGGCGUGUACAAACCCAUGCUGUAAUGCCACCAGCUGCACACUGACUAAGGGCUCAGAGUGUGCUGCAGGAGCGUGCUGUGACAACUGUAAGAUAUUGUCCUCGUCCAGAGAGUGCAGAAUGAUGCAUGAUGACUGUGACUUGCCAGAAUACUGCACUGGGAAAUCAGCCGACUGUCCCGAGGACGUCUUCACUGUCAACGGGAUUCCCUGUGAUGGAGGACGUGGGUACUGCAACAACGGCCAGUGUCCACAGCACCACGACCAGUGUGUGAAAAUGUAUGGACCAUCUGCUGAAAACGCCAGAACAUACUGCUAUGAGCAGAACACCAGAGGACUGUACUACGCCUACUGUAGACGGCCUUCAAAGGACCAGUACAUCCCCUGCCAGAGACAAGAUGUGCAGUGUGGGAAACUCUUCUGCAAGAACGGUAACGACAACCCCAACUACGGUCGCAUGGUGAAAUUCUCUGACUGCAAAGCCUCAUUCUACGAUGAUCACACCAGUGAUUUUGGACAGGUGGACACUGGGACCAAGUGUAAUGAUGGAAAGGUGUGCAGCCAGAAUGAAUGUGUGGAUUUUGAGACAGCCUACGGACCUAGAGUCACCAACUGCUCAGCACUAUGUAAAGGACAUGCUGUGUGUAAUCACAAAAUGGAGUGCCAGUGUGAGCCAGGAUGGUUACUUCCCGGCUGCGAUACAAAGGAUGAAAGCUUCACAGGUCUCUCCAGAGAAGGACUGAUUGCCAUUGCAGUGACAGUCACUCUGCUGCUCCUGGCUGCUAUUGCUGGGGUAGUGGCUGUGUUCCUUAAGAAGAGACAACAGUCCCCCACUCUCCCUAGCUACCAUACCCAGCAGAAAACCAAUAAAGUGUACAACGACCACAAUAACAAACUGCCAAUCCCCAGUAACGCUCUGCCACCACAGCCCAAGCGACCAAAGGGUGCUCCGCCCCCACCCCCUCCUGCUGCUAACCUAUCACGAGCCCCAGCCCAUGACUUCAGGGCCAUACGACAGGCUUUGAGGCCCCCACCCCCACGGGUCUGAUGUCGCCAUCGAGAGGAAACAGGAGGAUCACACAGACCUUACCAAGACCUCAAAUGCAGGGCCGCCAGAGCUGAGUGCAGUCAAUGCACUGAGACCUCACGUCUUUGGGAUAAUUUUACAGAUACAGUUGAAGUCGGAAGUUUACAUACACCUUAGCCAAAUACAUUUAAACUCCGUUUUUCACAAUUCCUGACCUUUAAUCCUAGUAAAA